AUGAGAGGUGGCAACCAGAGUUUCUUGGAGGAUUUCCCUAAGGAGUUCAUCUUACUGGGAGUCUCUGACAAACCAUGGCUGGAACUUCCUCUUUUUGUGAUUCUUCUAGUGUCCUACAUUCUGACUAUUUUGGGCAACACAUCCAUCAUUGUGGUGUCACGAAUAGAUGCCCAGCUCCAGAGUCCAAUGUACAUCUUCCUGAGCCACCUAUCCUUGCUGGACCUCUGUUACACCACUACUACAAUUCCACAGAUGCUGGUCAACAUGGGCAGCUCAACAAAGACCAUAAGUUAUGGUGGCUGCACAGUUCAGUAUGCUAUUUUCCAUUGGCUGGGAUGUACUGAGUGCCUUGUCUUGGCUGCCAUGGCCUUGGACCGUUAUGUGGCUAUCUGUGAGCCCCUCCGGUAUACUGUUAUCAUGCAUCGCUCUCUCUGCCAUAAGCUUGUGGCCAUGACCUGGCUUGGUGGCUUUGGCAAUUCCCUAGUUCAGGUGAUCUUGACAGUGCAGCUGCCUUUCUGUGGGGAGCAUACGCUAAACAACUUCUUCUGUGAGGUGCCAGCCAUGAUUAAGCGUUCAUGUGCUGACACAACUGUGAAUGAUCUCACACUGGCUGUGCUGGUGGCUUUAUUUUUGCUAGUACCCUUUGCUUUCAUUCUUCUCUCCUAUGGCUUUAUUGCCCGAGCAGUGCUCAGGAUGCAAUCCUCAAAGGGACGUCACAAGGCCUUUGGGACAUGUUCUUCACAUCUGGUGGUGGUCUCCCUCUUCUACCUGCCUGCCAUCUACAUGUAUGUGCAGCCCCCUUCCAGCUACUCCCAAGAUACAGGCAAGUUUAUUUCCCUAUUCUAUUCCAUAAUCACCCCCACCAUUAAUCCUUUCAUUUAUACAUUGAGGAAUAAGGAUGUGAAAGGAGCUCUGAAAAGACUCCUAGAAAGAAUAUGGAAGAUCUGCAUAUGA